UUUAAAUGAGACCAGAUGGAGGCAGAGGCAAAUUCAGGCUCCCCAGAGGACAGUUGGGCAUUCUUCCAGAGGCCUGGUGAAGGUUGCCGAACUGUCCCCCUGGCUGGACAUGUGGGGUUUGACAGCUUGCCUGACCAGCUGGUGAAUAAGUCAGUCAGCCAGGGCUUCUGCUUUAACAUCCUGUGUGUGGGAGAGACAGGUUUGGGCAAGUCCACCCUCAUGGACACCCUGUUCAACACCAAGUUCGAGGGGGAGCCAGCCACCCACACACAGCCAGGUGUCCAGCUUCGGUCUAAUACCUAUGACCUCCAAGAGAGCAAUGUGGGGCUAAAGCUCACAAUCGUAAGCACAGUGGGCUUUGGGGACCAGAUCAACAAGGAGGACAGCUACAAGCCCAUCGUGGAAUUCAUCGAUGCCCAGUUCGAAGCCUACCUGCAGGAGGAACUGAAGAUACGCAGGGUACUGCACACCUACCACGACUCUCGCAUCCACGCCUGCUUGUACUUCAUCGCCCCUACAGGUCAUUCCCUGAAGUCUCUGGACCUAGUGACAAUGAAGAAGCUGGAUAGUAAGGUGAACAUAAUCCCCAUCAUUGCCAAGUCGGAUGCCAUUUCUAAGAGUGAGCUAACAAAGUUCAAAAUCAAAAUAACCAGUGAGCUUGUCAGCAACGGUGUCCAGAUCUACCAGUUUCCUACAGAUGACGAGUCGGUGGCAGAGAUCAAUGGAACUAUGAACGCCCACCUGCCUUUUGCUGUCAUUGGCAGCACAGAAGAACUGAAGAUAGGCAACAAGAUGAUGAAGGCUCGGCAGUAUCCUUGGGGCACUGUGCAGGUUGAAAACGAGGCCCACUGUGACUUUGUGAAGCUGCGGGAGAUGCUAAUUCGGGUCAACAUGGAGGACCUCCGGGAGCAGACCCACAGCCGGCACUAUGAGCUGUACCGCCGCUGCAAGCUGGAGGAGAUGGGCUUCAAAGACACUGAUCCCGACAGCAAACCCUUCAGUUUACAGGAGACAUAUGAGGCCAAAAGGAAUGAGUUCCUAGGAGAGCUCCAGAAAAAGGAAGAAGAGAUGAGACAGAUGUUUGUCCAGAGAGUCAAAGAGAAAGAAGCUGAACUCAAAGAGGCAGAGAAAGAGCUGCAUGAGAAGUUUGACCGCCUGAAGAAACUACACCAGGACGAAAAGAAGAAGCUGGAGGAUAAGAAGAAAUCCCUGGAUGAUGAAGUGAAUGCUUUCAAACAGAGAAAGACAGCGGCCGAGCUGCUCCAGUCCCAGGGCUCCCAGGCUGGAGGCUCACAGACUCUGAAAAGGGACAAAGAGAAGAAAAAUUAACUCUGCUGUUUGCUGCAUGCUGCAUGAGACCCAGGGUCCUGUAAUCCAUGGCUGUGUACUGAAUAGUAUCCCCCGCUACAGCUGGACUGGACUCCAUUUAGCCUUUUAAACCAAGGUUCUUAUUCUAACUGACAGCUUUCCUGCAGGGUGCCAGGAAGCUGGGCCCCCUGCCCCUGCCAUGUACUUCCACUUCAACGCACCCCCCCUUCUUUUGAGUUCUGCUUCCCAGUCUCACUGGCACUGACCAUGAACAACAACUUUUGAAUUUUUGAAGGGUUUUGUUUUUUUUUUGUUAAUUUCUUUCAAAACACUGUCUAUCAAGGCUAUGCCAAAUAUUCAGGCUUUUUGAAGUGUUGCAAAUGGGAAGAGUUUCUCUCUUUAGUAAUAGAUAAUAAUAAUAGGAAGUGAAAGGUAGAGAAAAUGAACAUCAAACACAUGCACACUCUUGAUCUUUUCUUGUUGGUAAAGCAAGAGUGCAGUUAUGAUACGUUAUUUGGUGAGUCGCUGUCUUGUUAGUGGCCACAGGCAAGUAUGAAGGGCCUGCUGCCAAAGCUUAAGCUAGCUUCUUGAAAAACGCAAGUCUCAGUGGAACAUUUUAGCAGACCCCUAUGCCUUGCAGGGUUUUUUUGUUUGUUUGUUUUAAAAGACGAACUUAGACACUCCUCCAGUAGCUCAGAGAAAUGCUAAAUUAGGGCUGUCCAGCCUUCUGGGGAAGGGCAUCUUGUUUGCAGUUUUGAUGUUUCCAGGUCCAGUUUCACAGCUGCUUCCACCGAAACCCAAACUCAAAAAAACAACCAAUUGGUCUUCUUCCUCCAGGGUAAUUAUUUGCAUCACAAACAGGGCCCCCUCAUUUACAUAUGUUUACGGAUUAAGUAUUUGAGGUUUGACGAGCUCUGAAAACUUCAAAAUUUUUAGAGCCACGCAGCCUUUGAGAGACCUUCAGAGACUAAGAAAGGAAUUUUGUAUUAAGGAAGAAAUUUGGGUGCGGCGUAAAAGAAAAUCGAAGCCCGGAGAAGUGAAGGGACUUGCCAGAGGUUCCAGGGCUGUUUUGUGGCAGAAGCCAAGCCAAACUCAGUGUCUCCUGACUCCCCAUCCACCUCAUUAAGGGAUUCAGUCUGUUCAUUCCUGUGUGUUCCUGGAGACAAGGUCUUCUGAUGCUCAGAGAACCUGAAGAGUUAGUAUUAGAGGCCUCUUACAUUUUUCCCCAUAGAAAAAUAUCCAAGGAUGAGUGGGUAGGGGCCGGCAAAGCAGAAGACUUCAGACCAGCUCCUGAACUGAGUGCUUCUGCUGACGGUAGAGGUCACCAGCAACCGUGAGCUGUCAGCUUUCCUGAAGUCUGGAAUGGGGCCCAGGCACACUUUUGUUUAACAAAUGCCCUAGAUGAUCCUUAUAGUCAAGAAAGUUUGGUAAACGAAAAUCUAACCUGUGAGUGAGCACAAGGCCUUUAGGAAGUUGAUCCACACUAUGGAAAAUAAUUAAAAUUGUUAUUUUAUUGAGCAGUUUUCUUUCUUUUUUAUUUUAUUACAUCUAUUAUUGGGGUGACAUUGGUUAGUGGUAGUUUUCUCGCUGUAGAGAGAAAGAUUCCUCCCCUUUGGUGAAAAGGCUUUCUAAUGAGUACAGUUGUUGCUAUUUUUUUUUAAAUACCCUAACUACUCUGUUUACCUCUGGUGAAACAAAACCAGUCAUUAGAAAUGGUCUGUGCUUUUAUUUUUCCAGACUGGAA